GAUGCUCUGAGCAGUCCGCAUCAUCUCAAGGAUCAGUCCCACCUCCAGCUGUCUGCCCAUAUUCCUUCAUCUCGCACCGCCCUGACAUCGCAACUACUCGAAUCGGACACCACCCACGCUUCACCAACCCUUCGAAACAACAAACUUGAUUCUCUGCUAUGGCCCCUCCCAAAGAGGGCCGCUCCUCCAGAGCGUGAUUAGCUGCUGGCUGCCAUUGGUUGUUUGACCGAACACUGGGGAGAUAUAAACCCGAGAAUAAGCUCUCGCUGCAACUGUUCCUCUGUCAGCUCCUGGACGGAUCUCGGCGCUCUAACAAGAUGAGUAAAAUCAUUCUGUACGAAAAGCCCGAAUUUCUAGGGCAGGAGAAGGUAUUUGUGAAAGAUGUUCCCGAUCUUGCUGUUGAGAACUUCACGAAUACUGCCCGCUCGAUCAGAGUGAUUGGCCGACACUGGGUGGCGUACGCCGGCACAAACUACCAUGGGCCUUUCAAUGUGUUUGGUCCAGGAGGCUUCGGAAACCUGGACGACCUGGAUCGUGCGAUUAGCUCUUUGCGCCUGGUGAAGGAAAAUUUGCUCAACCCGGAGAUCGUUCUGUACCAAAACGUCGACUAUGGGGGCAUGAGCCGCAGCAUUCUGAAAACGACGGAUAAUCUGUCGAGUGCCGGCUUCGACAACCUCGUCUCUUCCCAUAAGGUGAAACAAGGCGUGUGGAUUCUGUACCAGGGUCUCAACCUGAGCGGGACGCGACUCAUCACCUUCCAGGGUGACGAAUGGCCCAACUAUUGCGCUUUCGGCUGGAAUGACAAGCUGUCUUCAGUCCAGGCCUUGCAGAACUGCGACAGCAAGGUUUGAGGAGUCCCGUACUGGUGUCCCGCUUUCAGCCGGAGCUCCAAACCCCAGAGUCUGCUUGGAUGGG